AUGGACGAGCACCAUCACACGGCGACCAGCGGCUCGACCUCGACGGCUGCGAUGAACAACUCGACUAGCACACCGUCCGGUGGUGGCGGUACCGGUACAAGCAGCGGCGGUGGCGGUGGCGGCAGCCCGACAGGCGACUCGGGAAAGCACGAAGAGGCCCGACUGAACGCAGAUUCGGAUGACGGAUCUCAAGCACAGGAUCCAGGGAAGAUGUUCAUCGGUGGUUUGAGCUGGCAAACAACGGCUGAAGGAUUACGCGAUUAUUUCGGCCGUUUCGGCGAGGUUAACGAGUGUAUGGUUAUGCGGGACCCAGCGACAAAACGGGCUAGAGGCUUCGGGUUUAUCACAUUUGUCGAUCCGGCUAGUGUAGAUAGGGUAUUGGCUACAGAAGAACACGAAUUAGAUGGUAAAAAGAUCGAUCCGAAGGUCGCUUUUCCAAAGAGAUCGCAGACAAAGAUGGUUACAAAGACGAAGAAAGUGUUCAUUGGUGGAUUGUCGGCCUCAUCGACGCUUGAGGAUAUGAAGACGUACUUCGAACAGUAUGGAAAGGUGGAGGAUGCAAUGCUUAUGUUCGACAAAGCAACACAACGUCACAGGGGUUUCGGCUUCAUCACAUUCGACAACGACGAAGUGUCUGAUAAAGUCUGCGAAAUUCAUUUCCAUGAAAUCAACGGAAAAAUGGUCGAAUGCAAGAAAGCACAGCCGAAAGAGGUAAUGCUCCCUGUGCAAUUGAAUAAAUCACGUGCUGCUGCUGCUCGAAAUCUUUAUGGACUUCCACCGGAACAACUGCUCGCGUAUGCUACCUAUCUACCUCGAUUCGGGUACGGUAACCUGCUCUAUCCCAACAUGACGUCGAUGUUCAAUCAAGUGCCUGGCUACACCGGACUGCCGUCGUCGCCAGGUUCAUCGUCGAGCGCGGCGGCCGCCGUAGCAGCUCGAAACGCUGCCGCCGGACAACCAUUCGAUGCGACUGCUGCGUUGUACGCAAAUCUGAGCGCUGGUCAACCGUUCGGCGAUGGUGGCCUGUACGUCUCACCGCAACCGUUGCACACCUAUCAUAAUAAGCAGGUGGUUAGCACCAGAUAUCAGCCGCGUGCAGUCAAGAUGCUCGGCACUCCCUUCUCUCCCGCCCUUCUUUAA